AACACUCGCUGCUCGGGCCUCGACCAGGAUACUUGCUCUCCUUCCUUCCUACCUCAACUCCUCUACACUAUUGGAACCUUAUAAUCCUGCUUCGUCUUGUGUGCUAUUGGUUUUUCAUAUUAUAGAAAAUAACUGCCACCGUGUAGAAUCGGGAAAGAAUGUGGUGGCUGUCGAUGGUAGUGGGGCGACUUGUACACUAGAAUAGGUGUGAUUAAACUAUCGACAGGCGUCGUUGAGAACUGCCUGCACCGCCUUUUGUUGUAGUGUGUUGGUGUCUUAAUAUUACAUCUACUCCAGCAACCAAAAAUCACUCAGACGAGCUUGGGGCUGACGGAGUACGGUGAAGGCAGAGGUUAAAAUCGAUAUUACUCAACAUUACGAAAAACGGUGAAUUUUGAGAAGGCUGUCUCUAUUAGCAGGGCUGAUGACCUCUCGUGGCGACCCUCACUUAGAAUGGCAGGAGACGAAGCGUCACGUAUGAAGAUGUGAAGCGAUAAACCCUCUGUGGUUCGUUCAGUACAAGGAAUGGUGGAAGCUCGAUCCUUCGUCUGUUAAUCGUCAGACAAACUAGUACGAAUGAUCUAAUAAUCAUUAUGAUGCAAUAAGGUGAUGUUUAUAAGUGGGGAAAAAGUUUCAUAAUCAUUUAUAGCUAGAAGCAAAAAAAUAUAUAUAUAUAAACCAAUUUAAAAAAGUGCUGUGAAGUCUCUUGCCUGUAUUUGAGUUUCUAAUGUGUUGUUGGGUAAGUGUUCAACUUUAAGAACAGAUAAUUCAAAGAAUAGCAAAAAUGCAUCACCUGAAGUUUUGUAAAAGGUGAGCGUCAGUUGCUUUAAGAAUAAUUGGCUACGACAUUCUCAUAUAAGUUCUUCACGUGUAAAGCAAUAAAUUGAUAAAAGAAAGAACAUGCAAUAAUGAAAGUUAAAAUAAGAGUUGCAAGAGAGUGAAGUAGCGAGGAGUGCCACCAUGGGUGCCGGGAGUGCCAAAGGGGUUAAACCGGGCAACAGUGAGGAUGCUGAUCGCUUGUCCACCACCAGUGAACAAUGGGAGACUGACCAUGUAGCUCCCCCUGACCCCACUCGAGUCACAAGCAAGAACACUGCCAGUGAAACCUUCGCGAAGACCCUAGCGGAGGUUUCUGAAGCUAGCGGGAGCAAGGAAGAGGUGGUGGAGAAUAACCACACGGAAGAGGAUAAAAAGGAAGAACCCAAGAAAAAGACGAGAUUUGGCUUCACUCGCAAGAAGGAAGAUGAUGAAAAGGCUGAUGAACUCGUCGUCGAAUUCAGUGACGAGAAGAAAAACAAUGACAAGAAUAAUGUGGACAAAAGCAACAAGGAUAUUUCUAGAAAAGAUGCAGAUAAGAAGGGCUUCAGGCUAUUCAACUGGAAAAAAGAUGACAAAAAGAAUGAAGAGAAAGAUGAGGUUCUUGACAAAGACAUUGACGAACUGGAGAAGACUUUCGACUCCCUGGGUAUCGUCGGGCAGAACACUUUUGGAGAGGCUGGCAAUCAGCGCAAGGAUGCUGCAGAUGACCUGGAGCUCCUGCAGCCCAUGAGAAAGAGGAAUACUGUGCGAGGGCGAGGCCCCAGGGGGCCGAAUGGAACUGUUGGGGGCAGCGGAGGGAGCAGCAACGGGUCAACAGGAUCCAAAAGGGCCUUCAAGUUCUCCUGGGAGACUGAAAACGACCAGACACCCUCCAUGAUGGAGGAGGACGAGUGGGAGUACAAAGCGGAGUCCGUGUUGCACUAUUCUCAAGUCACAACUGGGUAUGAGGAAAGAGCCAAAGUCAGACGACAAUACAGUAAAGAGAAUGGUAGUAGUGGUGGACGUAGAAACAGCGGCAACAGUAGUAGUAAAGGCAACGGCAGUGGAAAUAGCAGAAAUGAGGUAGUAGUGUUUAUAGCUCUAAUGUUGUCCUAA